UGGUGUCAUAGUAUAAUUCCCAACUCUGGUCCUUAGCGUCCAGGAUAUGGGUACUAGCCUAAAGUCCUCUAAGCUUAAUUACCAGCUUAGAUUCUGUAGUGUUGCCACCAAUCAGGAAUUCCAGGGCCUGAUACCCUCUGGUCCCCCCAAACCCUUCCCUGGGGACCUCCAAGACCCAGAUUCCUUGAGUCUCACAACAAAGGGGAAUGAACCAUUUCCCUUCCCCCUCCUUUCUUCCUCCCAGCUCUUUCCCGCCCUGGGUACACUAGGAGACCACCGUGAUUCAACUCCUUAAAUCACCACACCGAGAGGAAUGUUACCUUCUCCCUCCCUUCUUCCCCGGAGAGAGAUACAGAGAUAAAUGCAGAGAGCAGGUUUUUCUUCCCUCCUCCCUUUCCUUUCUCCCAGCAAUUCCCUGGUGAGUGCAGACUCCCAUCCCUGGAGUCUUACAAAAGAUAACCAAAAAAAUCAAUUAGAUUCUAAAAAAGAGGAAAACUUUAAUAAAGAAGGAAAAACAUAAAAAUUGUCUCUGUAAUCAAGAUGGUAAAUAUACAGGGUUUUUAUAGCUUAUAGACAAUAGAAAGAAGCUUUCUCCAGCAGUAACACAAUUUAAGCUACUUCCAGCAAGUACACAUCUGCAAAUAAAGAAAAACAAGUUAAAAGACUGUUACCGCCUUUUUACUUACUUACUAUUCUGAAUAGAUAAGAGACUGUAGCAGGGAGAUUGGCAGAAACCUGGUUGCACCUCUAGUCCCGUCCAGGACCCAGAGAGAACAAUGCACAAACCCAAAACCCACAAACAAAGGCUUCCCUCCACCUAGAUUUGAAAGUAUCUUGUUUCCUGAUUGGUCCUCUGGUCAGGUGUUUGGGUCCCUGUUUGUUAACCCUUUACAGGUAAAAGAGACUUUAACCCUUAACUAUCUGUUUAUGACAAGUGGUCCUGCAUCCUGAUUCAACCAUGUGAGACGGAGAUCUCAGUGUGGCUUUCUCUGGUAUUUCUGCCCUUGAGGAUGUUGCCUUUAUGAUUCUCUGUAAAAGAUGUAAUUGAGGCAGGUACCUAGGGCUUGACAGUGUGAGAACUAAAGGAUUUACAAAUUGGGCCCUGGCCUGGAACAUGCACUUUUCCUUAAUGGAAGAGGGAUCUCAUGUGGUCAUCUGUGAUGGAUAUUAAACUACCAAACAAAAAACAGGGCUGAAGUCCAUUGUCUUGGCUUUGACCGUUGAAAGGGUGUGCACGUCAGCACUGGAAACACUUGAUGGAGGCUAAGGAGGAUGUUAAGUGCCCAGUGGAUCAGGAAUCUAACACAGACUCUAUCUCUAACUGUAUUUAAAACAAGCAGCUGCAUACAGAAAAAGAGCAAAUUCUCCUGAGAGGGCAAAGCAAAGAUCAAAAGGGAAGUGGCAUGCCCUGUCAGUGCCGACUCGCUGCCUACAGCGGUUUGAAGGAACGGAGUGGUUGUUGGAUCAGCACCUCCUUUUAUGCUCUCGGGGGCAUGAAGAACGGGCAAGGUGCACACACAGCCCCAACAGACAUGGCCCUCCAGAACGUGCUGCGCUCAUGUGCCCCAGCAGGGGCGCUGGAACAAUUACUAUAGUGGGCGUGCUGAGAGCCACUGAACCAAACUGUAAACCCUGGAUAUGAUGGAAACCACUUCAAACCAGUCAGGACCUAAACCCAAGGCACCUCUACAGUGGGGACCCACAGGGCAAUCCUCCCAGGAGCUCCAUUCCUCUCAGCACUCGCUUUCCCGCCUCAAAGCCCCAUUGGCUGAAAUCUUCUGUCACUCUCGCCUCUACUCCAGUCAGCUUCCUCAGGCUGGGGGUGGGGCUAAACGUCAACUGCCAAACCUCAACUGCCACAGAACCUUGUGGAACCUUUCGACUCCAAGAUUACAGGUUCCUGAUUGGAGCCUCUCCCUCCCAAUCAGGUUCGGGCAGGGGUGGGACUUUCUCACAAUCUCCGUGCUUCCAGCUCAGGCUGAAGUUCACUUUCUAGUGUGGUGUUUAAAAGCGGCUGCUGGUGUGCAAGGCCCCAGAUGUGUAUAACAUGAUAUCUUAUGACCCCCUCUGGCAGUCAGGUCCCACAUCCCUCUCUUCUGUCCCCUCAGAGAUCGGAUCGCAUGAACUAGCUGUCUCCCCCUCCCUCACAGCUACAGAUCAAGUCACAUGUUCUUACCGUUUCUCUUCCAUCAGUCCAUACAACAAAUCUCCGACUUCCUUUAAAGGAAAUGCAGUUUAGCCCAUGACAGUGGGAGCAGGACACAGGCUGUUCUGAUAGUUACAGGGUGGGUGCUGUGGUUGUUUUCAGCCAUGUCAGCGUGCCUCAAGACAAGCUGCAAGACCCCCUGAAAUAUCCAAUCACUAUUUAGACAGUGUGGUUUGGUGGUAACAGCAGGGAAGUGGGCAUUAGGACUCCCAUCUGUGCCACUGACUGGUUGUAUGACCUCAGGCAAGCCACUUAACCUCUCUCUGCCUCACUGUCCCCAUCUGUAAAAUGGGGAUAAUAUUUACUUUUCAGGGAGCUUGCGAGGCUUCAGUAAUGCUUAUAAGGUGCUUUGAGAUCCUCUGAUGAACCCUGGCACACUAUUAAUUAUGAGGCGGCCUGGUGGCCAUUACUCCUGACACUGAGUGUCACCUCUGAGCCAUGGCUGUGUUGGCUUUAGCAACUUGCCUGCUGCUUCUGUUCUUUUCCUGGAGCUUGUCCUUUUACCAGCAGAAUGCGGAAAAACCAGUUCUGUGGUUAAUUGCUGCACUUCCCUUCACGCCCACACAGUCGGCCUUCUCCUCCUCCUCAGCCUGCAUACACCUCUGUCUCUUUCCCUCUGCUGAACUCUGUCAAUCCAAUAGGGUUUGCUCUCCACUUUUAUUAACCCUAUUGAUCCCCUGCCCCAAGCUCCUUCUCCCUUGGGCGAGUCAGUGGGCUUGAUCACAGGUAGCUGCCUUCCUGGCCCUGCCCUACCCAAGGGCAGCUAUUGGAGACAAUGGCUGAAAAGCAUGACAAGAAUAUGAAAGCCCUAAAAGAGGUGUGGAGGAGAGCAGAGAAUGCCUUGUGCGCAGACUGUGGGAAGCCAGACCCUGACUGGGCAUCUCACACUUUGGGUGUCUUUAUCUGCCUGAGCUGCUCAGGGAUCCACCGCAAUAUCCCUAACAUUAGCAAAGUUAAAUCCUUGAGGAUGGACCACUGGGAUGAGGCCCAGGUGCAGUUCCUGGAGCAGCAUGGGAACGCAGUGGCUAAAGCCACAUAUGAGGCUCACAUCCCCAUUUACUAUUACCAGCCAACCCACGCCGACUGCCAAGUCCUGAGAGAGCAGUGGAUACGGGCCAAGUAUGAACGCAAGGAAUUCACCGAGCCAGGGAGACAGCUGCCGUAUUCCAACGGGUUGAAGGAAGGGAUCCUCUGGAAACGGGGACGGGAUAACGGGCAGUUCUUACCCCGCAAGUUUCUCUUGUCUGAGCGAGAUGGGUGUCUCAAGUAUUUUGCCAAACCGGACGCAAAAGAGCCCAAAAUAAAUAUUAAAAUUGACACCAUCAAUGCCACAUUCCAGCCAGUGAAGAUCAAGAAUCCCAAUGGCCUGCAGAUCAGCUACCUCAAGGACAACAAGACCCGCAAUAUCUUCCUCUACCAUGAGGAUGGAAAGGAGAUAGUGGACUGGUUCAAUGCGAUACGCGCAGUACAGGUUCAUUACCUGAAGGUGGCAUUUCCUGUGGCCAGUGACAAUGAGAUCAAAAGCCGACUAAUGCAGAAAUUCCUGAAGGAGGGAUACAUGGAGAAGACUGGUCCCAGGCAGAGAGAGGCCUUCAGGAAGCGCUGGUUCACACUGGAUCACCGCAGACUCAUGUACUUCAAGGAUCCAUUGGAUGCAUUUGCUAAAGGCGAGGUGUUCGUGGGCAGUAGGGAGCAUGGAUACAGCGUCAAGCAAGGGCUGCCAGCGGGGGCUCAGGGCAGCUUCUCCUGGCAGUAUGGCCUCACCAUUGUCACCCCUGACCGAGAAUAUCUCUUCACCUGCGAGACAGAGUGCGACCAGCAGGACUGGAUCGCUGCCUUCAGUUGGGUCAUUGAACAGCCCAUGACUCCCCAGGAGUAUGCAAUUGAAGCCUACUUCAAGCUCAGCUCUUAGGAACCCCCUGGAGAACUGGACUGCAACUCUACUCUGCCUUAGCCCUUUGGGAGGGUGCUAUGGGAGAGAAGAGGAGCUGUGCACCUGAGAAUCUACACUCUCCCAGUACCUCAUGGUUUAGAGCACUUUUUCUUAAACAGAUCAACCAACCUCCCUUUGUUGAGGGGGAGAGAGGGGGGGAAAUCAGGCUGUACCCCUUUAAAUGGAAGACACAUUUCAAGACUGAACACUCAAAGCAACCAGUCACUGAGACCACUCCUAAGCAAUGUUGUGAUUGAACCGGAGACUGGAAGGAUCUGUCAUCCAAUCAGGCUUUGAAGGUUUGAGUACCAGGAGUGGUGAGGGGUUGGGGAGGGGGUGUUGUCUUUUAAACUUCCGUUAUUGCACCUUACUGGAAAAGGGAAAGCUACCAUAAAAGUGGAAACAAACAGUUUUUAAGCACUCAUUCAACAUGGGUGGUUUGCUGGAUGGAGUGCAGCUCUGGCAGAGAGCGUAGUCUAGAAGCAAUUAUAACAUUACAAGGAAAUGGCUUCUCAGUUGCUUAGGGAGAAUUGAAUUUUUCUGGAAAUAUGAUGAUGUUUGACAUUUUACCAUCAUAAAUCCGGGAAGGACGUGUAGAAAAUUAGUUCUCCAGCCAGGGCUGGUACCUUCUUUUUCAUUGACCAAGCCAGCUGCACACAAUAACCCAACUCAACAACUAUCAAGUCACAUAUUCACAGGCAACCUUCCUCCAAAAUUUUACUGCAAAGAUUAAAGAACUGGUGUGUAUGUGCAUAUAUAAAUUAGGGAAUCACUGAUACGAGUAUGGGGAAGACACUAUAUGACUAUCGGCAGUACGGCAAAGGCUGAGACUGUUUUCAUUCUGAGCUGUAAAUUUUAACAGUUGUGUGCGUUCCAUGAUAAUACUACUUAGCUCUUAUCUAGUGCUUUUUAGCAGUAGACCCCAAAGCACUUUACAAAGGAACAAGUAUCAUUAGCCCCAGUUUACAGAUGGACUGAGGCACAGGGAGGUGAAGUAACUUGCUCAAGGUCACCCAGCAGACCAUGACAGAGCUGAAAACAGAACCCAGGUCUCCUGAGUUCUAGUUCAAUGUUCUAUCCAUUAGGCCACGCUGCCUCCAUAGAAGUGCAAUACUCUGGACUGGCAUGUGGGUUCAUGUUCUCCUAUUAGUGCCUGGCCCCAACAGUAUAAACAACCUGCUACUUAAACAUAGUUAAAGGAGUUCUUCAUUAGCUCAAGCAGAAAAGACCUGUGUUUUGGAUCCUGGAAGUUGCAGGUUCAACCCCUUCUGAUGUCUCCAUGGUUUAUGACACAAGCAGCAUGUGUAUGUACAUAGCAUCUAUGAACAGGGGCUAACUGGAGUUAAUGGUGCACUCAGUAAUGUAAUAAGUUCAGAAAGAAAUGAAUAAAAAAUUUCAUUGUAGUUUA